AUUAACCCUGCGCUGGCCGGAGCGGAAGGUCUUUGUCUGGGGAACCGGCCUCCCCCUGCGUCCAGGCGGGGCGGCGAGCCCCCCCAGGAGCCUGGACGUGUCCAGAAGGCCUGAGGGAGGGACGCAAGUUGGAGAACUAGAGCACAGACCCCAGCAGGGAUAAGCUGGUCCCUGAAGACAGAUCAGCAGCUCCUGGGUCUCCACAUCCAGGCUUCGUGAGAGAAUAUGGAAACGGCAGAGCCAACGGGCCCCAAAGCAGGGAAUGAGCUGGAGAGAGACGGGAAGGAGCCAGUCCUGGGAUCAACCAUCUCAGUAAAUCCUCGAUGGUCCCGCACCGGAUGGCGACAGCUGAGGACUGAGCAGUGUGACAGGAUGUCCCAGUAUUGGAAAGAUCAACUUCAGGAGGAGCUACAGAGCUUACGGACACCUGCUGAGGUUGUGCCGACAUCAGUCCCUGCAUCAAAAAACCCUCCGCUGCUGGAUUUGACCCCAGAGGAGGAUAUUGAGGCCUAUCUGGCUUCCUUCGAGCAAGUGGCUGAAGCCUGCCAGUGGCCCAGAGGAGAGUGGGUGACCCGCCUUGUGCCAGCCCUCAGUGGAAAAGCUCGGCAGGUCAUUAGCAGCCUGGAUGCCAGAGAUGCUGGAGAUUAUGGGAAGGUGAAGACAGCUGUCCUGCGAGGGUGCGACAUUGGCAUGGAGACACAGCGCCAGCGCUUCAGGCAGUUCCGCUACCAGGAGGCCGAGGGGCCCCGGGCAGUUUUCUGCCGACUCUGGGAACUUUCCCAUCGAUGGCUGAAGCCGGAGAUCCGCACCAAGGAGCAGAUCAUGGAGCUGCUGAUCCUGGAGCAGUUCCUGACCAUCCUGCCAGAAGAAAUCCAGAGCUGGGUUUCUGAACAUUGCCCAGAGACGUGUGCCCAGGCAGUGUCCCUGGCCGAGGAUUUCCAGGUCACAGUGCGUGUGAAGGUUGAGGACGUGACCCCAGAGGAGAUGGAUGCCCCUGAAGCAUUAUGGGAAUCUCAGAGCACCCAGCUGGAGCCACCACAGCCCCAUCCCGCAUGGGGAUCUCCGGAGGAGGCAGCACUGAGGAAGUAUGAGCUGCCAGGCGCCCCUGGAAAGGGGCCCCGAGUUGGACAACAAAUGGCAGAUGCCAGGAUCCUGAGCAGGACUGAGGAGCAGCCUCAUGACGAAGGGCCUGAAAACCUUCAGCCCCCCAGCAUCUCUCUGCGGGAUUCAGGAGAGAGCAUUAACCACAGACCUGAGCAGGAAGGAGCCUGCAAGAGGCAGAAGAGGAGCCCAGCGGGGAAUGAGCCAGAUCCCCUAGGGGAACGUGAGAGUGGAUUCAGGAGACUAAUCCAACCUCCUGCACCGGGGAGAUCUCGGGCCACAGGGGACCUUCACCAUCAGAACAGCGUUCACAGGACAGAGAAGCCCCAUAAAUGUCGAGAUUGUGGGGAAAGGUUCUGGGAGAAGCAGGCGCUCACGGCCCACGGGAGAGUUCAUGAGAAGGACAGACCAUAUCCCUGUCCUGAAUGUGGGAAGAGUUUCAACAGACUGACCCAUCUCAAAACCCACCAGAGAACCCACACGGGAGAGAAACCCUAUUUCUGUGCCGAAUGUGGGAAGAACUUCGGCCACCUCUCCACGCUCAUUACACACCAGAGGCUGCACACAGGGGAGAGACCCUACUCCUGUGACGAGUGCGGGAAAACUUUCACCAACCCCUCGGACCUCAACAAGCACCAGCGCUCCCACACGGGUGAGCGUCCCUACCCCUGCGCCGAGUGCGGGAAGCGCUUCAGCCAACUCUCCAACCUGACGAUGCAUCAGAGGACUCACACACAGGAGAAGCCCUACCCCUGCGCCGAGUGCGGGAAGAGCUUCAAGUACCUGGCUUACCUCGCCAUUCACGAGCGCUCCCACACCGGGGAACGGCCCUUCCCCUGCACCGAGUGCGGGAAGAGCUUCAGUAACAAAUCCUCUUUGGCCCGUCACCUGAGAAUCCAUGCCAGAGCCGCAGCCAUGGACAACAGCUCGACUAGACAAAGCCCUGUAGCGGGAGAUGGAGAGACACUGGGUCCUGCCUCGGAGGCUCGGCUGCAGCAGGUGGGGCCCACUAAAGAGAAAAUGGAAAAGCGAGAUUCUCUGGAACCAGGACCGGGGAAGGAAUCCGAGCGGGCUGCAAAAGAUCCCGUUGUGGCACCCCCCAUAACGGUAACUCCCAGAUGGUCCCGAAUUAGACUACACCAGGUCAAGACAGAGCCACAAGAAGGGAUGUCCCAGCAACGGCAGGUGCUGCAGGCCCGACAGACCUCUCCUGAAAUUGUAUCAGCUCCAGACCCUGCCUUGGGAAACCCUCAGCUGCCACAGCUUGAGCCAGAGGAUGACAUCGAGGUCUAUCUGGCUUCCUUCGAGCGACUGGCUGAAGCCUGUCAUUGGCCCAGAAGAGAGUGGGUGACCCGACUCCUGCCAUCCCUCACUGGAAAAGCCCAACAGGCCAUUAGCAGCCUGGAUGCCAGAGACGCCCGAGACUAUGGGAAGGUGAAGGCAGCCAUCCUGCGAGGCUGCAACAUCAGCACGGAGAUGCAGCGCCUUCACUUCAGGCAGUUCCGCUACCAGGAGGCCAAAGGGCCCCGAGAGGUCUGCAGCCGCCUACGGGAACUCUCUCAUCGAUGGCUGAAGCCAGAGAUCCGCACCAAGGAGCAGAUCAUGGAGCUGCUGAUCCUGGAGCAGUUCCUGACCAUCCUGCCCGAGGAAAUCCAGAGCUGGGUCUGGGUACGUCACCCGGAAACCUGCGCCCAGGCAGUGUCCCUGGCAGAGGAUUUCCAGCUGGGACAGCGAGAGGCUGGAGUGUGGGAGCAGCAGGUCACAGUGCGUGUGAAGGUCGAGGAAGUGACCCCAGAGGAGUCGGAGACCCCUGAAGCAUUAUGGGAAUCUCCGAGCUCCCAGCUGGAGCCACCACAGCCCAAUACCACGUGGGGAUCCCAGGAGGAGGUAGGAUGGAGCAAGUACAAGUUGCCACAUGCCCCUGAAGAGGAGAUGGAAGCUCUACAGGAAACUGCAGGUGCCAGGAUCCUGAGCAGAGCGGAGAAUUUGGGAGAGCAAGAAAACUUAGAUCUGGCCCGAACAUCGCAAGGUGGAUCAGGAGAGAGUGUCGCCCGCAGACUUGAGCGGGAAGAAGCCUGCAAGAGGCAGAAGAGAAACUCAGCUGGGAACGAGCGAAUUCCGCCAAGGGUGUUCCCACAGAUCCCUGCUCAAGGGACACCCGGGGCCGUAAGAGAUCUUAAAAGCCAGGCGAGCAGCGUUAACAGGAUGGAGAAACCCCACAGAUGUCGAGACUGUGGGGAAAGGUUCUGGGAGAAGCAGGACCUCAUGGCCCAUGGGAGAGUCCAUGAGAAGGACAGACCCUAUCCCUGUCCUGAAUGUGGGAAGAGCUUCAACAGACUGACCCAUCUCCGAACCCACCAGAGAACCCACACGGGAGUGAAACCUUACUCCUGUGGGGAGUGUGGGAAAAGCUUCGGCCACCUCUCCACGCUGACCACGCACCAGAGACUGCACACAGGGGAGAGACCCUACUCCUGUGCUGAGUGCGGGAAAACCUUCACCAACCCCUCGGACCUCAACAAGCACCAGCGCUCCCACACGGGCGAGCGGCCCUACCCCUGCGCCGAGUGCGGGAAGCGCUUCAGCCAGCAAUCAAAUCUGACAAUGCACCAAAGAAGUCACACCGAGGACAGACCGUACCCCUGCACCGAGUGCGGGAAGAGCUUCAAGUACCUCGCUGAUCUCACCGUGCACGAGCGCUCCCACACGGGUGAGCGGCCCUUCCCAUGCCCUGAGUGCGGGAAGAGCUUCAGUAACAAAUCCUCUCUGGCUCGUCACCAGAGAAUCCACGCCAGAGCCGCAGCCAGAAACAAGAGCACUUACCUCAACUGGGAUAAGGCUGUUUUCACAAGGCACAAAAUGGCUGCAAAGCACCGUGGUCGGAAGCCCCUGGGGCUGCAGAUCCAGGGUCCACUACAACAAGUGGUGCUAACGCAUGUCAAAGUGGAAACAGAAAAUCCAGCAGGCCCCAAACCAGGGAAGGAAUCGGAGAGAGAAGGGAAAGAUGCUGCUGUGAUGCCACCCAUCUCAGCAAGUCCCCCAUUGUCCCGGACAGGACAACAAAAAUCCAGCUCUGAGCAACGGGAGAAGAUCCCCCAGCAUGGGGAAAAUCAAAAUCAGGACAUGCUGCGAGCCCCCUGGACCUCUCCUGAGGCUGUACCGGCAUUAGCCUGGGCCUGGGGAAACCCAGAACUGCCUGAGCUCACACCAGAGGAUGACAUUGAGGUCUAUCUGGCUUCCUUCGAGCGAGUGGCUGAAGCCUGCCACUGGCCCAGAAGAGAGUGGGUGACCCGACUCCUGCCAUCCCUCACUGGAAAAGCCCAACAGGCCAUUAGCAGCCUGGAUGCCAGAGACGCCCGAGACUAUGGGACGGUGAAGGCAGCCAUCCUGCGAGGCUGCAACAUCAGCACGGAGAUGCAGCGCCUUCACUUUAGGCAGUUCCGCUACCAGGAGGCAAAAGGGCCCCAAGAGGUCUGCAGCCGCCUGCGGGAACUCUCCCAUCAAUGGCUGAAGCCGGAGAUCCGCACCAAGGAGCAGAUUAUGGAGCUGCUGAUCCUGGAGCAGUUCCUGACCAUCCUGCCUGAGGAAAUCCAGAGCUGGGUCUGGGUACGCCACCCGGAAACCUGCGCCCAGGCUGUGUCCCUGGCCGAGGAUUUCCAGCUGGGACAGCGAGAGGCUGGAGUGUGGGAGCAGCAGGUCACAGUGUGCGUAAAGGUUGAGGAAAUGGAGACCCCUGAAGCAUUAUGGGAAUCUGAGAACUCCCAGCUGGAGCAACUGCAACCCAGUCACAAGUGCGUCUCCCCCGAGGAGGUUGGACAAAACAAGUCCAAGUUGCCCUGUGCCGAGGAGAAUCAAGCGCUACAGGAAACUGGUGCUGGGAUCCUGAGCAGAACUGAGGAGCAGCCUCGUGAUGAAGGGCCUGAAAACCUGCUGCUGCCCAGCGUACCAGAAAGGGGAUCAGGGGAGAGUGUUACCCACAAAUGUGAGCAGGGAGGAGCCUGCAAGAGGCAGAAGAGGAGCCCAGCACAUGAGACAGAUCCCCCAGGGGAAUGUGAGAGCAGAUUCAGGAGACUAACCCAGCUCCCUGCACCAGGGCGACCUCGGACCAUAGGGGACCAUUACCGUCAAAGCAAUUUUCUCAGGACAGAGAAACCCCACAGAUGUAGAGACUGUGGGGAAAGGUUCUGGGAAAAACAGAAGCUUACAGAGCAUGGCAAAGUCCACAGGAGUGAGAGGCCUCAUCCUUGUGCUGAAUGUGGGAAGAGCUUCAACCGCCUAGCUCAUCUCAAAACACACCAGAGAACCCACACAGGAGAGAAACCCUAUUUCUGUUCAGUGUGUGGGAAACGCUUUGGCCACCUCUCCACACUGACCACUCACCAGAGAUUGCACACAGGGGAGAGACCCUACUCCUGUGCUGAGUGCAGGAAAACCUUCACUCACCCCUCAGACUUGAAUAAGCACCAGCGCUCCCACACAGGUGAGCGGCCCUACCCCUGUGCCGAGUGUGGGAAGUGCUUCAGCCAGCUCUCCAACCUGACUAAACACCAAAGAAGCCACACCGAGGAGCGGCCUUACCCAUGCACUGAGUGUGGGAAGAGCUUCAAGUACCUCGCUGAUCUCACCGUGCACGAGCGCUCCCACACGGGCGAGCGGCCCUUCCCAUGCCCUGAGUGUGGGAAGAGCUUCAGUAACAAAUCCUCUCUGGCCCGUCACCAGAGAAUCCACGCCAGAGCCGCAGCCAGAAACAAGUGAGACCAUGUUUAGACUAUAGACUAACCAAGAGCUCCGCUCCUGUUAGCCUAUAUGUGCGAUUGGAGAAGAAGAACAUGAGCCACUACUACACAGCCUGAGGGAAAUCAGCCCUCCGCCCUCCCUUAUGCCAUCAUCACCCCCUCACAUCCUACAGGAGAAUGAGGGAGGCUUAAGUGGAGUCCCAGUGCCUGAAACCUCCAGAAGAUAUUCUGUUCUUACCUGCUUUUACUAAUAACACCUAGCUCUUGUAUAUCUCUCUCUAUAUGUUGAAGUGCUGCAGAAAGGAGGUAAGGUGAUAGGAGAGCACUGGUUUCCUUUCUGCUGUUCUGGGGCAGGUGUGUAUUUGUAGUACCCAUAAGCAAAGCAGGCCAGCCAGAAGAGGAGAAAGGAUUUUUGUUUUCCAAGGUUGAGCUCUAUCAACGCCACAGGAGAAACGGCCCUGCUUCCCAACAGCACUCUGCUAGCAGCACCUCUCACUGCCUGGCCCCUGCAAUGCCUGAUUUGUAACUCAGUAGGAAGCACCAGGGACUGCACCUCUGUGACAGGCAAUCUAGCCCCUCUGCCACCACCACUGACCAGCUGUGUCACUGCCAUCUUCCCUGCUCUGCCUCACUGGCCCUAGCUGCAUCCCAGUCCUGGGAAUGGAGCCUCAGUAUGUAACUCACUGAUGUACCUCAUUUGCUGCUGUUCUGAUUUAUUUAUAUGAUUUCCUGUUCACCUGAUUAUAAUGAAUUUAACAGCACUCCUUGUCAGUUCAGUCAUUAGUGCUGUGUACUUAACUCCUUCCCUAGUCACUUGUCUAACCUACAGCACUGUCCCUUAAUUGGUAAUCAUAGAAUCAUAGACUUUAAGGUCAGAAGGGACCAUUAUGAUCACCCCUGAUCAAAUUGGCCCUGUCAACACUGUUUCUC